CCCAUCCAGCCACCCGGACACUUCAUCUGUCAUCCUCCGGAAAAAUCUCAACUCUUUCGGCGUACACCGACGACUUGACAGCUGGAUUUUUGUUCUUCUUCAUACGGCUGUCGAAGACGACGACGACGCCGGCGUCGUGUCGUGUAAUUUUGCCGGUGAAAGUGCCUGUUUUGUAUUUUUUUCCUCCCUCCCUUCUUGCCUCCCUCGUAAAAGUAACCCUAGCCAGAAUUCCACCUCGUCGCCAGCGAGCUAACAAGGCUAACGUUAGCCUGCUUCUCCGACGAGUAACUGUGUAUGACACUGCCUUAAAUCCACCCAAAGGCGUUCCUUCGGCUCUAUUUGGACUAUUUGACCCCGUUUGAAUGACUUCCUGAUUGCCGAGAUACUUUUUUCGUCCAAAAAGAAGAGCGGCUUGACUGGCGAGCUAAACGGAGCUAACCCCGAGAGGCGCCGCGUUUGCACCGACACCCGGGACUGGGCACGUCGCCAACGCCGAGGAGGAGGUGGAGGGGCGGCCUAAGGCUUGACAGCUUCCCCCCGGGUAAGGCGGGCUCGAAGAGGCCCGGAGCCCGCCACUCUGCGAGGGCACAGGCGUCGCUGAGCCGCGGGGAGACACCGGCUUGAAGGGAGGGGAGGAGGACCAGGCGGAUUUUUGACAAGUGGGAUCCGGGAAGUAAACCGGGCACUGACCUCAUGAAUGGAAAUCGGAACUACAGGAGCCGUUGGGGCCCAGUCCCUGUUCGCCAUGCCUCGGCGGCCCGGCUAUGGCACCAUGGGCAAGCCCAUCAAACUGCUGGCCAACUGCUUCCAGGUGGAGAUCCCCAAGAUGGACGUCUACCUCUACGAGGUGGACAUCAAGCCUGACAAGUGCCCGCGCCGAGUCAACAGGGAGGUGGUGGACUCAAUGGUGCAACACUUCAAGGUGACCAUCUUCGGGGAUCGCAGGCCGGUCUACGAUGGCAAGAGGAGUCUGUACACAGCCAACCCGCUGCCUGUGGCACCCGCAGGGGUGGACCUUGAUGUCACUCUGCCUGGCGAGGGGGGCAAAGAUCGUCCCUUCAAGGUGACCAUCAAGUUUGUGUCUCUGGUGAGCUGGCACAUGCUGCACGAGGUCCUGACAGGCCGGAGCAUGCCCGAUCCGCUGGAGCUGGACAAGCCCAUCAGUACCAACCCCGUGCAUGCCGUGGAUGUGGUGCUGAGACACCUGCCGUCCAUGAAGUACACGCCGGUGGGCCGCUCCUUCUUUUCGUCUCCCGAGGGCUACGAUCACCCCUUGGGCGGAGGCCGGGAGGUAUGGUUCGGCUUCCACCAGUCUGUACGUCCCGCCAUGUGGAAGAUGAUGCUCAACAUUGAUGUGUCGGCCACCGCCUUCUACAAAGCCCAGCCGGUCAUCCAGUUCAUGUGCGAAGUACUGGACAUCCACAACAUCGAUGAGCAGCCCCGCCCCCUAACCGACUCGCACCGGGUCAAAUUCACCAAAGAAAUCAAAGGUUUGAAAGUGGAAGUGACGCACUGCGGAACCAUGCGGAGGAAGUACCGCGUCUGCAACGUGACCCGCCGGCCGGCCAGCCAUCAAACGUUCCCUCUCCAACUGGAGAACGGCCAGACCGUAGAGCGUACCGUAGCCCUAUACUUCAGAGAGAAGUACAGCCUGCAGCUCAAGUAUCCGCACCUUCCCUGUCUGCAAGUGGGCCAGGAGCAAAAGCAUACCUAUCUGCCGCUGGAGGUUUGUAACAUUGUAGCUGGUCAGCGUUGUAUCAAGAAGCUGACAGAUAAUCAGACGUCCACCAUGAUCAAGGCCACUGCUCGCUCUGCGCCUGACAGACAGGAAGAAAUCAGCCGGCUGGUACGCAGCGCCAACUACGACGCCGACCCCUUCGUUCAGGAGUUCCAGUUCAAAGUGCGCGACGAGAUGGCCCACGUGACGGGGCGAGUGCUACCCGCCCCCAUGCUGCAGUACGGCGGCAGGGUGAGCACAGAGCACUUUAUGAACCGUACGGUGGCCACGCCCAGUCACGGUGUGUGGGACAUGAGAGGCAAGCAAUUCCACACCGGCGUUGAGAUCAAGAUGUGGGCCAUCGCUUGCUUCGCCACGCAGCGCCAGUGUCGGGAGGACAUUCUCAAAGCGUUCACAGACCAGCUACGUAAGAUCUCGAAGGACGCCGGAAUGCCCAUACAGGGUCAACCGUGCUUUUGCAAGUACGCCCAGGGCGCGGACAGUGUGGAGCCCAUGUUCAGACAUCUGAAGAACACCUACGCCGGACUGCAGCUCAUCAUCGUUAUCCUUCCCGGCAAAACUCCUGUUUAUGCCGAAGUGAAGCGUGUAGGAGACACUCUGCUGGGCAUGGCCACCCAGUGCGUCCAGGUAAAGAACGUGGUGAAAACAUCCCCUCAAACCCUCUCCAACCUCUGCCUCAAGAUCAAUGUCAAACUCGGGGGUAUCAACAACAUCCUUGUGCCACACCAACGGCCGUCAGUGUUUCAACAGCCAGUGAUUUUCUUGGGAGCGGAUGUUACUCAUCCACCCGCAGGAGAUGGCAAAAAGCCUUCGAUUGCAGCAGUGGUGGGCAGCAUGGACGCCCACCCCAGCCGCUAUUGUGCCACGGUGCGGGUGCAGAGGCCGAGGCAGGAAGUGAUCCAGGACCUGGCCUCAAUGGUGCGUGAGCUGCUCAUACAGUUCUACAAGUCGACUCGUUACAAGCCCACCCGCAUCAUCUUCUACAGGGACGGGGUGUCUGAAGGCCAAUUCAGACAGGUGCUGUAUUAUGAGCUGCUGGCAAUUCGCGAGGCCUGCAUUAGCCUGGAAAAGGAGUACCAGCCAGGCAUCACUUACAUCGUGGUGCAAAAACGCCACCACACACGCCUCUUCUGCGCCGACCGCAAUGAGCGAGUUGGGCGCAGCGGAAACAUUCCUGCUGGUACGACCGUGGAUACGGACAUUACCCAUCCUUACGAGUUUGACUUUUACCUCUGCAGUCACGCUGGAAUACAGGGCACUAGCCGACCCUCCCACUACCACGUGCUGUGGGAUGACAACUGUUUUACCGCCGAUGAGUUCCAGCUGCUCACCUACCAGUUGUGCCACACCUACGUGCGCUGUACCCGCUCGGUGUCGAUCCCCGCGCCUGCCUACUACGCCCAUUUGGUUGCCUUCCGCGCUCGCUACCAUUUGGUAGACAAAGAACAUGACAGCGCCGAGGGCAGCCAUGUGUCAGGUCAGAGUAACGGUCGAGACCCACAGGCCCUGGCCAAAGCUGUCCAGAUACACCACGACACCCUGAGGACCAUGUACUUCGCCUGAGCUGCAACCCACUCACACCACCAUUUCCAUCUUCCACACAUGAACACUCUCUCACACAAACACACAGCCAUACAUAGAUGGCUUGCCAGUCAGAAAGUCCUCACACACACUCGCCUAGUCAAUCCGGACCCGACACUGUGCAGAGGGAAGCAGGGAGGAGAAGGAGGCGGCACCCCACACUGGAUAGAGGAUGCAAAAACGCUGCUUUUAACCAGAAAAAAAAAAAAACACAACUCAGCACUAAUAUGCAAUAGAAACCAGCCAACUCCUUUUUUAUUUCCAUCCUUUCUUCCUUUUUGUUUACUUCUUUUUAAGCUGUAGUCCCGCUCCUUCCCUUUCUAUUCUACCAAGCUGCUCCCCAGCACCUCAAGUCGGUUAAUCAGCAGCAGCACUUUUACAUUCUUUUUGUGUGUGUGUGUUUUUAAGCAAACGAGGGAGCAGAGCGGGAAGGCUCACAGAUUAUGAAUUCAUUUCCACCCCUUUCCUUCCUCCCUCUUGUGAAAUAACCAGUUCUUUGAGCACACUGCCACCAGCUGGCUACGAGGUAGAACGGCCUCCCUUGAGAUGCCGCUGUUAAAAUAAAACCCUUCUGUUCUGCUGUAGGUCAAAUUUAGAUUUCUUAAGCUUCUCCUCCACAAAAAGGGUUUAACUCGUAAUUUUUGUUGUUGGAAUUUUUUUUAAUUUUUAUUUUUUGGUGGCAGGUCAAAUUGACUAUUAAAAAUCAAUUUUUUUUCUUAAAUUAAAAAGUAUUAGAAUGUGAAAUUACAGGUUUAUUAUCUUAACUUUACUAUCAUAAAAUCUAUUUUUUUUCUUAAUACUUUACAAUCGUUUUAGGUCAACUUCUUACUCCGGCCCUAUUUUUAUUUAAAAAUAAAUAAAUAAAUAAAAAUAAAGAUAAACCUAUAGGGCCAGUGACUAUUUUUGGUCAUAAGUGCCUGGCAUCCACAUAUAUGCACAUCACAUUUUGAGUCACACAGGCCACAAUAUUAAUAUUUGGUAUACAAUUGUGGUCCAUAUCAGUGGUCCCCAGCCUUUUUUGCACCACGGACCGGUGUACUGUGGGCCUUUUUUUCACGGACCGGCAAUGUGUGGCAGAAAAUGAAAGUAAAUAUAACAUGUCGAGGCUAAAAACGAAUAUUAAGUGCAGGGAAAAUUUCACUCACCAUACAAUGAAUCAACCGUUUUCUUAACAGCGGCCUCUUUUAAAAUUUGUCGACAAAUAUGCGUGGUCGCAAACAUGAGUUCUUCUUCAAUGGUGAAAGGUUUCUUAGCGUUAGCAAUACGGUUAGCCAUGAGGUAUGAUGCUCUCAGCGCAUUCGCUUUUGUUGGCUUGUUUGCUAGCUUUUAGCCACAUAUUAUGCAGAAUGGACUUGGUUGUAGGCUCCUCUUCUGGCUCAGCAAGUUGCAUUUUUCCUGUAAAAAGUCUGUCUAAAGACGUCACCGACAACAGCAGCUAAAGUUACUGUUUACAUUGACUGGCGCUGGGCUGCUAUAGGUGUGCAUAACACCCUAGUAAUUGCAGCCAACCACUAGAUGGCGACAUACACAAAUUUUUACACGGAUUAGUCUAUAGAAGGGGUUGGGAACCUAUGGCUCGCAAGCCAGAUCUGGCUCUUGACGGCUGCACCUGGCUCACAGACAAAUCUUUAAUUAUUAAAAAAAAAAAAAAAAGUUUCGUCAUACUCCUUUGCGUAUUGCGCGAAACUGCGACGGUCACUGGUCAUAAGCUGGUGUUGUGCAGUAAUGAGCAGAUGUGACUUUUGCGGUGAAUGUUAACUUUUUUAAUAUAGAUUUAGAUAUCAUCAAAUAGCAACCGAGAUGUGCUACGUUAGUUCCUCCUAAAUCCCAUGCCAUUGGCUGCGUGAGCCCAGGGUGAUCAUGGGACACGUAGUAUUGGCCCGAAUAUAAGAUGGCCCUGAUUAUAAGACGACCCCCUCUUUUUCAAGACUUAAGUUUGAAAAAAGACUUUUUGAACACCAAAUUCAUUUUUAUACAGAAAAUAAUUACAGUACAUCCGAAACAAAUAAUUAUAACAAUAUAUUUGAGAGAAAAAGCACGUUAUUUUGCCUCAUUCAAAUCUUAAUAUCUGAACAUUUAAAUAUGUAAACUGAAGUGCAAUCACAUUCGUAAAUGAAUUGCUUCUGGUUUUUGAAACGUAAAUAAACCAUUCUAUUGUGAUAAAACAACAAAAUUGCAAUAACUGCAUUAACCAUCAAACUGAAGUCCAACUAACUGUAGUCUUGAAAAAAAUCUGAAUAAGGAAAUACAUUGCAAUAAAAUAAUGCAAACUGGUUAAACUUUAGAGUAGCUGAGAUCUGUCAUGACAGAACAUCGCUUCAAUGAUGUCUGGUGUCAUCUAGCGUCGUGAAUGGGUAUAACGUCUAGACCGCGAAUAUAAGACGACCCCCACUUUUUCAGUCUUAUUUGCAAAAAACACCGUUUUCAAUUCGGGCCAAUACGGUACUACAACUGGCGACUAGAAAGCAGGUUCGCAUUAAUUUUAGUGGGAAAGUGGCAAACAUACAUGUCGUGUCUAUCAAUUGCUUAGGCAACGCAGAUGAGGCAGAGACACUGUUCAAGUGGGGUUGCCGUAUUUUGCUGUCAAAAAUAGCGGCUGAUGUGUGCGUGAGAUCAGGAAGUAAACUUUCCUGGGUUUCAGUUUCAUUUUCUGCGUUGUCAUCUAAUUUUAGAAACCCUUUUGAGAAGAUGGCAAAAAAAAAAAAAAAAAAAUCGCACUUUUCAGCAGGACAUAAGGACAUAAAUGCGGCACUGUUUUUUUUUUUUUUAUCUUGCUUUGGAUGACACAACAGACGUAAGCUAUUUAUUCCAGUUCAGCGUGAUUGCAAGGUUUUGACUAUGAAAGGGACAACAAGAGGGGAGGAUUUAUUCAAGGUUCACUAAAGAAAAAAAAUCUACCGAUGGAUAAACUUGUUUUGGUGUGCACUGAUGGUGCUCCAUGCAUAAGUUUCUCAACGCCUGCUUAAGCUUAAACAAAAACUUAAACUACAAAGCCAUCCGCACAACCAUGCAGCACCAGAAGUCGCAUUAACGGUAAGAAAUACUCAUCAUUGAUCAGCAACAGCAUAACCAUGUUAAUAAAAAAGAAUUCAGAGACUUAUUGUACUUUUAAAGUGUUGAAAUUACAUAAAAUGCACACAUUACUUGUAUUUUUAGUUUUAAACAUAUUGUAUGGCUCUCACAAAAUUACAUUUAAAAAUAUGUGGUGUUUAUGGCUCUCUCAGCCAAAAAGGUUUGCGACCCCUGGUCUAUCGAGUAGACAGGGAUAUUGAUGUGUCAAGAGACACAGGCCAGAUUGCAGUCAUUAAAAUAUUUCUCUCUCUGCGGCCCAGUAGCAAAUUCACCACGGACCCCGCGGCCCAGUGGUUGGGGACCACUGGCCUAUAUGACUCAAGAUGUAAUCUCCAUAUAAAUGGAUGCCAGAUCUAAAUUAUUUUCAUGAAUCAAUACUGUGUUUAUAUUUAUCAUGCUGGAUCUGGCUCCAAUAACACUCUAGAUGAGUUUAAUUAUUAUUUUCAUCACACUGUAUUUAAAUGAGUGCCCUAUAAAUGCUUAAUCAACAAAUGUAGCAGCAAGGUUCAACUUUUAAAAAUUGUUAAUUUGACUGACAGCCUAACAGGAGUGUUAUUAUACAAUAGGUCAUUUUGACUGGCAACAUAACAUGAUAGUUAAAAUUUACAACAAGGCAGUUUGACCUGCAGCAUUACUGGAGGGUUAACGAUAUCAGCUGUCACUAUAUUUUAUAUUGUCUUGAUAUAUUCAUCACAGCCAUUUUUGGAUUUUUUUGGUCUUAUUUAAAGUAUAACACUGUUGUUGUUUUUUUUUUAAGUAUCGUGUCGUCACCUCCCCAUUUUUAAUUGUCUUUUGCAUCAUGUGAAGCUUUGACAUAUUCUUUUACCUUGUUGCAACCAUUUCAUGUCCCCCGCAGCUAUUUGUCCUCCCUAUGAGUGGGAGAUCAUGUUGGAAGGUCUCCACUUGUGCAAUAAUGUGCAGACGGAAGGGAAGAGUGAAAUAAUUUACGUGUUUGGUGAAAGGUUAGCAGACUGUUCGGCACUUUUUAAAAGAAAACAUUAUUUUCCUCAUUUUCAGUGUACAACGUGCGGUUUUGACGACGUUUCAGCUUCUUACUUGAAGGAUUUAUACACGUGCGUCGUUUUGGAAUUCCCGAUAAACAACUUAUUUUGGACCUAAUUGCAGCAACGUGGAGUUCAAAGGCCAUAAAAGAGGGCGGGAGUAUUUAAGUGCCUGGUUAAAGGGUGAAUCGCGCCGUGACGAGCGAGCGACAUAGAAAAAAAAAAAGACAAGUUUCACCCGAUGCCUCGUGUUCUUCUCGAAAAACUGACUUUUGUACACGAUUUCAUCAAAAAAUCAGCGUGACUUCAAUGUGUGUUUAUCAUGUUUUUGCCUGUACCGCAGUGUUAGCCGUUAGCUUUGCUUGGACACAGCAGUCCGAUUGUCUUAUUAAUCAUCGUCACCGUUUUGAGUUGCUCUAUAAGGUAAGAUUGGCUUCGGAACAACAAAAAAAGCUGAAGAGUUGAGUGACUGAGCGCUUUUCAUCGUGGUUUACUCGGUCAAAAAAAAAAAGUCUGGAGAGCGGUCGCCACUCAACUCCUUUGCGCUGCUCAUGGUCUGAAGCUUUUUUUUGGGAGUGGGCGGAAGUAGGGAUGGGUGGGAAAUCCUUUACAAAAUUAACUGCACUAAAAGAAGCAUGUGUUCAAGUGUGAACACAGGCGUGGUGCUACUUGGACUGACGGGGAAUCUGAGAUUGAAAUGAAUUUGAGAAAUGUGGGCAAGUUGAGAAAAGUAGGAAAGCUCAGGGCGACCCCCAGUAGCUCACUUUAGUAAGUUUGGGACACUUCCUACUUCCUUUUUGGGUGUUGGAUAACUUUUGCUUCUCUAGUGAUUGCUACACAUCCCCUGUAGUGGGUAUUUGACGCCCACCACUUACCUGAAUGAUGAUUUAAUGUUGAUCCCCACUAUCUAAAUGGGUGUGGGAAAAGCCCAGUACUCUUUGAGUUUAAGAUGGUUCCAACAUAGACUUCACUAUCACUUGGUGGGGCCAAUCCAUAGGGGGCCUAUUUUAAAAAACUUAAAAUAUUUUCAAAGCCAAAGAUGCAAACGACCUAAAAGCAAAACAGAAACCUUCCCGCGGCGUAUAUGAGUCUCCAUGAGCAGCGACAUCAAAAUAGUCUGUCGUUCCCUAAUAAAAUCCUUAAUAAUUAUCUUUUUUUUAUUUAUUUAUUUUUUUAUACAAGUAUAACAAAUCUUCAAAUUGCUAUAAAAUUCUCAAAUUUUACGCUAGAUGCACAAAAAUCACCAAAUGCAGAGAUAAUUACCUAUAUUUUCAGGAUCAUUGGCAAUAUUUAACAUAUGUUUUUGCUCAACAAGCAACUUUUUUUUUUCUUUUCUCAAGUUUUCAACAGCUAAUGAAUCACUCAAAUUUCACAUUAAGCUUAAGGAAUGCAUGCAGAAUCAUCUUAAUCUUACUUAACAAAAGCAAAAUUAGCAUUUUUCUAUAUACAAUCACAACUUUAGGUUGAAUUCCGCUAUUGUGUAGAUAUACAAAAUCCAACAUGGCGACCGUCACAAAACAAAGAUUUUUAAGUUGAAAAUUCUUGCAAAUAAAAGCUUAAAUCACGGAAUUUCUAUUCUUUUCUAAAAUCGGGAGUAAUUCAUUUUCCGUAAAUAUUUCAAGCCAAAGCUAAUGUAUUGAUUAAUCCAACAUGGCGGCCGUCACGAAACAGAGUUUAAGUUCUUGCAAAUAAGUGCUUAAAUCGGGGAAUUUAUGUAUAUAUGAACGGCAGUCGUCAUUCAUUUUACGUAAACAUUUCAAGUUAAAGCUAAUUUUUUUCCAUUCAUUUCAUUGUUUACAACGUUUCAAAGUGCAUGCAUGGUGAAAGAUAUAAUAAUUACCUUGAAUCCUCGACCAAAUCACUCUUGAAACACUCCUGCGUGCUUGUAUGCAGUAAAACCUUCGUCCCAUUUCCAUCUAAAUCCGGCGUUAGAACACAGCAUGUGUUUAUCACAGCAAUGGAUCAGCCCCCUACGGGAUGGCAUGGCACAAAGUCUGUGUGAGUUAUCAACUGAUGGUGGAGUCUAUGGUACCAAGUUCAAUGACCACCUGCACUGCAAAAAAAGUUAAAUUUACAGUAAAAUACUGGUUUUGCGGUUAUUUUAUCGUUAUCCAUAUAUACCUGGUCUAUACAGAACCGGGGUUUUUAACCCUUACCGGCAUUUUGGCAGUUGAGUGUCCUGGCUACCAAGCUACUACAGACUGGUGAAAGGAAGUGCUGUGCAUUUAGGUCAGUUCUCCCUGAGGACCGAAGAGUGAAUCAGCAGAUGAAACUAGACUGGACUCUUAGCCCAGCAGUCAGCACGCUCAACUGCCACAGUAACAAUGCGGAUUCAAACCCUGGUGGGUGAGGGGCUGCAAUGAGAAAUGGAACGCAGUGACAUUACAUACUUAUACAGUCAUUUACUGUAAUCUACAUUUGAAAUGUAGUUAUCAUGGUAGUUAAUUAAUUUGACUGUAAACCGUAAAGUUUGUUUCUUUAACGGCAACAUUUCAACUAUAGGUGGAACUGUAUUUUACUGUAGAUUUAAAUUUUUUGAAACCUUUACUAUUUUUUACAGUGUGUUGUGGUCUGGCCCAAAGCCCUGCUAGAUGUGGUUUGACCUCCACUACUCUGGUGCGUAUAGGGGAAGCCCUGAAAACGGUACAGUUUAGAAAAGUCCUUUAUCCACUGUUGAUUUGGACUACUUUUAUGAGGCAUUCGGGUGGUCUGAGCCUUCAUGAUGGAAAGCCUUUUAAAGUAAAUUUAAAAAAAGCCAGAUCAAAAGUAUAUUUGUACAUUUGAAAUGUAAUGCACACCGAUUAUUUUUGCUAACAGAUUAAAAAAAGAUGUAGUCUACUUACUCUUAGUAAUAAAUGUAUUGACUUAUAUGUUAGGGUUUAAAAACAGUCAAGUUAAUUACAAAAGUUUUAUUAUAAUUAUUGCAAUAGACUGUUGACUUGUGUCGCUGUAAAUCGUAUCUUGUGUAUGUGCGAACGGUGACGGGUGGUCCAAAGUAGUGACGUGUCUUGACCGUGACUGUCGUACUGUUAGCGAUCGGGCGGCAGAACCGCUGACCGGACGUCGAAUGCUAAUUUUGUAGAUGUAUUUAAAGAGUGCGAAAUAUGUCGUAUAGCUCCUGAAUGUUCUUUGGCUUUUCUUUUGUCCACCUUGGUGCUGACACCUGCUCCUAAAGGGGCAAGUGAUUCAUUUUUAAAGAUUGUUGCAAGACUGAUCUAGGUAGUUUUUUUUCCUUCCUUUUUUUACACCUUCACAAUCUGGCAGAUACAGCAGUUCUCCAUGGAGAUUCUAAAGUUGAACUUCUCAGGCUAAUAGACAAACUAGGAAAGACCGUUCAUCUCCUUGUUUUGAUAACCCCACCACUGGAAACGCAUGACACUCAAUACCCCAGUCGGUAUGAGGCAGUCUUACUACUGCAGUGGUCUGUAGGUCCACUACCCUGUUGGGUCAUCGGUAGCCUUCAGUAGUCUGGUAUUGGUGCGAUAAUCUACACUGCUGGAAUGGAUAUAGCAUAGUCCCCAGGUCUCUUUUGUGGAAUGGCAUCAGGACUUCCGUUGAAUCUGAGGAAGCCCAGAGACCCUUGGGUAUGGAACGGUUCCUACUUCCCUUGUGAUUGUGGUAUGGUCUCAUCACCGUUUUAGGUCUGAGUAGAACACUUGCAGCUAGGCCACACUACUGCUAGAAUGGAUGUAGCUUAGUACCAAUGUCUCUCUUGUGGAAUGACAUCAUGACUUCCGUUGAAUCUCAGGAAGUACAGAGACCCUUGGGUACGGAACUGUUCCUACUUUCUUUGUGAUUGUGGAGUGGUCUCGCAACUGUUUCAGGUCUUGGUAGAACAUUUGCAGCUCUGCCACGCUACUGCUGGAAUGGAUGUAGUGUAGUCUGCAUGUCUCUCUGGUGGAAUGGAAUCAUGACUUCUGUUGAGUCUGAGGAAGUCCAGAGACCCUUGGGUAUGGAACAGUUCCUGCUUCCCUUGUGAUUGUGGAAUGUUCUUGCAACGGUUUGAGGUCUGAGUAAAACAGUUGCGGCUACGCCACGCUACUGUUGAAAUGGAUGUAGCGUAGUACCUAUGUCUCUCUUGUGGAAUGGCAUCACGACUUCCGUUGAAUCUCAGGAAGUCCAGAGACCCAGGGGUAUGGAACAGUUCCUACUUCCCUUGUGAUUGUGGUCUCGCAACUCUUUCAGGUCUUGGUAGAACACUUGAGGCUCUGCCACGCUACUGCUGGAAUGGAUGUAGCGUAGUCUGCAUGUCUCUCUGGUGGAAUGGAAUCAUGAGUUCUGUUGAGUCUGAGAAAGUCCAGAGACCCUUGGGUAUGGAACGGUUCCUCCUUGCCUUGUGGAAUGGUCUCGCAACACUUCCAGGUCUGAGUAGAACACUUGCCGCUAUACCACGCUACGUUGCACAUCCUCCAACCAUGAUCCUGAGAUACCCCUGAAGAUUUAGGCUGGUACUGGUGAUUCAGGUGGCUGUUGGACUUAACCCUACCUCUAGGGUGAUUCUAGGACGGCUCCGCAAGCCUGUCGUUUCUGGGCCCCCACUGAAAACAGCAAUAGCUUUUGGACAGCCCAAGUUGGGUUAACCACGCCUCGCACUACCCCAAUCUCCUGCCAAUACCCCUGAGGAUUCAGGGUGCUACUCACAACUCCUUGUCGUUCGACCCACCACCACCUGCUGGGUGAAAACGGGGGACAGCUCUUGAGCCAAGUAGCUCCUGUAACCCUUGGGUUAUGGGCCCCCACAGAAUACACCAGUAGGCUUGGAGCAUCCCAAGUAUGAUUAACCACAUUACUAUGGUUGGUCGCGAAUGUCCCUGAAGAUUUGGGAUGGUACUUGAGACUUGGAUGGCUGUUGGACCGGCCCCUGCCCCCCGUGUGAUUAUGGGACAGCUCCACUAGCCUGUUUGUUUUGAGGCCCCGAUCGAACCGAAAAAAAAAAUGGGUAUCGCAUUAGGACAUCCCCUCCCAAACAAGUAGUGUGUGGGACAGGUACUCAAGAGGGCAAUAUAUUUGCCCACCUGCUGCUGACACCUGUUCCAGCUGGCUGAGAGAUGAUGGAUUUUUACAAUUGACGCUUUUUACAUGCUGGUCAAUCUGCAGCGUAAUCCCCUUUAUCUUAGAGAACUAAUUUUUCCAGAUCCUGCACCAAAUCCCAUAAAGAACGUAAUGUCGGUCAUGUGUCAUCGAUGCAGAUUCAAGGCUGACUGCUUCUGUUUCAUUUACAGCUUUGCGAGAACAUCUAAGGUUAAGUGGUGCUCAGUGGUGGUCUGACACGCGUUUAUGAGGCCAUACUUUCCAAACCGUCGCGUGCCGAUAAAUGAGCUAACAUGAAAGUAAAUGGUGCAAGUUCAAGGGACGUUUUGCCAGGUUUUUACAGAAGAGUUUCAUCUCCCUUUAAAGUGGAAGGUGUUAUUCCACAGAAAGUAACGGCCCAUUCAGAAAGUGCCUUUCCUCUUGACUCAACAUUUUUUUCACCAACUCCCCUAAUGUCUGGCAAACAUUGGCAGUAUCUUGGACCUUGGAUUUUGUUGAUAUUGCACCACGUGGAGAAACCAUGAAUGUCAACCACAGCACUUUAGACUCUUGAGGUUCAGGCUCUUCAUUCUCAGCUCGGAGUGUUUAAUGCACCACUUGGACCUUUUUAAACGGGGAUGCCAACAAAAUGUUUUUGGGUGGGGGGUACCUGAAGCUUUCAUUCAUCUUGAAGGGCAUUUAAAAAGAGAAGACCAGCAUCAGUAUUGAAGCGUUCAGAGCACUCCCACAUGCUAAUGCUAGUGCAAUGCUGGGGUGGGGCGGGGGUGGGUUAGCGAGCCAGUAUGGUGUGGACUGAAAGGGUGUUCGGUCCAGGUGGGAUUUGGGGGGCGGCAACUGUUAAUUUAUUUUCUUUUUUUUUUUUAAGGAGUUCUCGGAAACACUGCACCUCACUUACCUUGGUAUGCUGCAUAAUGUUCUACGGCGUAAGAGAGAACUGCAAAUGCUUAUACGACACAUAUAUAUGUAUACAUAUAUAUAUAUAUAUAUAUCGUGCUCAAGUAAUGCCUGACAUUCUUAUAACUUUUAGAGUCCAAAUACAUAACUGUAAAAAAAAAAUUUUUUUUUGUCUUAACAGUUUUUUUAGACUUGUUCUUGAGCCGACUUUUCCUUUUUGUUGUCCUAUUUAAAUGUGUUAUUGAAAUAUAUAUAUAAGAAGCCUAUAUAUGCGGAGUAUUUUAUGGCGUAUUUAUUGAGUGUUUAUAUUUUUGGGAAGGUGUUUGGAGCCUUAUUCUCGUACGCGCAAGCACAACAAUAUUUGAGGACAGGCUGAUUUUUAAAAAAAAACGGACUUCCGCUUUAAUUUUGCUUCCAAACGCCAAACCCGACGUCAUAAUCCGUUUCGGACUUGGUCCGCCACGUGGAUUCCAUCGGCUGGAUUUCGCUACACGCUUAAAAGUUGAAGCGAAAAUGCGCUCGAAUUGUAUUGCGCGUUUUCGAAUUUAGCGUGAAUAUUCCGAAAUUUUUGUGAGUAGCCUACCUACGAAAGAUCUUGUCGAGUUCUUGUGCCACAGGAGGUCGGGCGUCAAGAAAAAAAAGCCUUAAAUGUGUCCUAAGCCUGCGUACUUGAAACCGAUCGUACGUUUCGUCUCUUUUCGUUCCAAAACCACUAAAAUCGCUACGCUAAAGUUGCUCUGUUCGGGAUGCUACCGAGUUUUGCCUCAGAAUAUUUUCUGUCGUGUCCGGCUAACGCGAGUGUCGAGUAUAUCGCGAUGAGAAAAUCCGAUCAGUAGAGCUAGUGACACCUGUGCCUGUAUCGCUUUUUUUUGGCACUUACGCAAACAAGAUUGUUUGAUACUGCAACUACAUUUACGAAAUCCGAAUGAACAUUUUUUCCCCUUCCCAUCAUCAUUCCAGUACCGAAGUUGAACCAAAUAUUGCGAAAGAGAUUAAAACGUCCCGGUUGCUCGAUCGUGGCCAAGGAAACAUUUCAUUUGACACACUUUUGUUUUUGCAACGUAGCAUCUCCUUGCGUCAGUCGCAUGUCUAAAGAUCUCUGUGACGACGCCUCUGUGAUUGGCAUUUGUCGCAAAUGUUGUACCGCGACAGCUUGAUUCCUUUUUGUAACUUCUUCCUUUAGGUUGUUGCCCUUUUUUAGUGUUGCUUUGCCUUUGUUUGAAGUGUAUGUUUGACUAAUACUUGCAAUAAAAUGCUUUGCUUUACCUUGAU